AUGUCUGUAGCUCAAGAAGUUGAAGUAGCUAAUAAAGUAUACGAAUCAAAUUUCACUAAAGGUGAUUUACCAUUACCACCGGGUAGAAAAGUAGCUAUUGUUGUUUGUAUGGAUGCUAGAAUUGAUCCUGCAAAAUCAUUAGGUUUAUCUGAAGGUGAUGCGCAUGUUAUUCGAAACGCUGGUGGUAGAGCUAGUGAUGCAUUACGAAGUGUUAUAAUUUCUCAAAGAUUAUUGGGUACUAGAGAAAUUAUCAUAAUUCAUCAUACUGAUUGUGGAAUGUUAACAUUUAAAGAUGAAGAUUUAAAAAAGAUUAUCAAAGAUUCUGGUGGAGAUGCUGAUCAUUUAUCCUUUUUAUCAUUUUCAAAUUUAAAACAAAGUGUUUAUGAUGAUGUAAAUUAUUUUAAAAAUAAUUCAUUAGUGUUAAAUGUCCCAAUUACUGGUUAUAUAUAUGAUGUAAAAACAGGUAGGAUUAAUAAAGUUUAG